AUUAUUCAUGAGGAUUCGCAGGCUCCUUGGGAUCACGUGGGCUUUUUCGCGCGAAAACUAUUAGCCGGGGUAGGAAGGAGUCGCAGCUGUGGGUGCUGAGCUGAAGCAACUAUGGCGGAUUCCUCCGAGUCCUUAAAUAUAGCCUCAUCUAGUCCAGCCCGAAGAUACAGACGUGUCAGUGAUGGUUUGACCUCCAGCCCUGGGCGAGGUUCCCGGCGUGGGGGCACUGAUGCUUUGACUUCCAGCCCUGGGAGAGACCUGCCGCCUUUUGAAGAUGAAUCAGAAGGCCUUCUGGGCACUGAAGGGCUUCCUGAUGAAGAGGAAGAGGAUGGAGAAGAGCUUAUUGGGGAUGGAAUGGAGAGGGAUUACCGAGCCAUUCCCGAGCUAGACACCUAUGAGGCGGAAGGGUUAGCCCUUGAGGAUGAAGAUGUGGAGGAGCUGACGGCCAGCCAGAGGGAAGCUGCUGAGCGGGUGAUGCGGCAGCGAGACCGGGAGACUGACCGAGGCUUGGGACGCAUGCGUCGGGGGCUGCUGUAUGACAGUGAUGAAGAAGAUGAGGAACGGCCAGCCCGGAAGCGGCGCCUGGUGGAGCGGGGCACAGAGGAGGGCGAAGAGGAGGAGGACAUGAUAGAAAGCAUCGAGAAUCUAGAAGACUUAAAAGGUCACACUGUCCGGGAGUGGGUGAGCAUGGCCGGCCCUCGACUGGAGAUCCACCAUCGAUUCAAGAACUUCUUACGCACUCAUGUGGACGGACAUGGUCACAAUGUCUUCAAGGAACGGAUUAGCGACAUGUGUAAAGAGAACAGGGAGAGCCUGGUAGUGAAUUAUGAAGACUUGGCAGCCCGGGAACAUGUCCUGGCCUACUUCUUACCUGAGGCCCCAGCAGAGCUCCUAGGGAUCUUUGAUGAAGCUGCCCGAGAGGUGGUGUUGGCCAUGUACCCAAAGUAUGAUCGAAUUGCCAGUCACAUCCAUGUCCGCAUCUCCCACCUUCCCCUGGUGGAGGAACUUCGCUCCCUCAGGCAGCUGCAUCUGAACCAGUUAAUUCGAACCAGUGGCGUGGUGACCAGCUGCACAGGAGUCCUGCCCCAACUCAGCAUGGUCAAGUACAACUGCAAUAAAUGUAACUUUGUCCUGGGGCCGUUCUGUCAGUCUCAGAACCAGGAAGUGAAGCCCGGCUCCUGUCCUGAAUGUCAAUCUGCUGGUCCUUUUGAAGUCAACAUGGAAGAGACAAUCUACCAAAACUACCAGCGCAUCCGAAUCCAAGAGAGUCCUGGCAAAGUGGCUGCGGGCAGGCUUCCUCGCUCCAAAGAUGCCAUCCUUCUUGCUGAUCUAGUGGAUAGCUGCAAGCCAGGAGAUGAAAUUGAGUUGACUGGCAUCUACCACAACAAUUAUGAUGGCUCCCUCAAUACUGCUAAUGGCUUCCCUGUCUUUGCUACGGUUAUCUUGGCCAAUCAUGUGGCCAAGAAGGAUGACAAAGUAGCUGUAGGGGAGCUGACCGAUGAGGAUGUAAAGACUAUUAUUAGCCUCUCUAAGGAUCAGCAGAUUGGAGAGAAGGUUUUUGCUAGCAUUGCCCCUUCUAUCUAUGGGCAUGAAGACAUUAAGAGAGGCCUUGCAUUGGCUCUUUUUGGAGGAGAACCCAAAAACCCAGGUGGCAAGCACAAGGUGCGAGGCGAUAUCAAUGUGCUCUUGUGCGGGGAUCCUGGCACAGCCAAAUCUCAGUUUCUUAAGUAUGUGGAAAAAGUGUCUAGUCGCGCCAUCUUCACCACUGGCCAGGGGGCCUCAGCCGUGGGGCUCACUGCUUAUGUCCAGCGGCAUCCUGUCAGUCGAGAGUGGACCUUAGAAGCUGGGGCCUUGGUUCUGGCUGACCGAGGGGUGUGCCUGAUUGAUGAGUUUGACAAGAUGAAUGAUCAGGACAGGACCAGCAUCCACGAGGCCAUGGAACAGCAGAGCAUCUCCAUCUCCAAGGCCGGUAUCGUCACUUCCCUGCAGGCCCGCUGCACUGUCAUCGCCGCUGCCAACCCCAUAGGAGGGCGAUAUGAUCCCUCAUUGACCUUCUCAGAAAAUGUGGAUCUCACAGAGCCCAUCAUAUCCCGCUUUGACGUCCUGUGUGUUGUAAGGGACACCGUGGAUCCUGUUCAGGAUGAAAUGCUGGCACGCUUUGUGGUUGGCAGCCAUGUUAAACAUCACCCCAGCAAUAAGGAAGAGGAGCUAGCCAAUGGCAGGACACAGGAACCAGCCCUGCCUAAUACAUAUGGUGUCGAACCCUUGCCUCAGGAGAUACUGAAGAAAUAUAUCAUCUAUGCCAAAGAGAAGGUCCACCCAAAACUUAACCAGAUGGACCAAGAUAAAGUUGCCAAGAUGUAUAGUGACCUACGGAAAGAAUCCAUGGCCACAGGCAGCAUCCCCAUCACAGUUCGACACAUUGAAUCAAUGAUCCGAAUGGCAGAAGCUCAUGCCCGCAUUCACCUUCGGGACUAUGUGCUGGAAGAUGAUGUUAACAUGGCCAUCCGGGUGAUGCUAGAGAGCUUUAUCGACACCCAGAAAUUCAGCGUCAUGCGCAGCAUGCGCAAGACUUUUGCCCGUUAUUUAUCAUUCCGGAGGGAUAACAAUGAGCUAUUACUCUUCAUCCUGAAGCAACUAGUAGCAGAACAGGUGAUCUACCAGCGCAACCGCUAUGGUGCCCAGCAAGACACUAUUGAGGUACCUGAGAAGGACCUAGUAGACAAGGCUCGUCAGAUCAACAUCCACAAUCUUGCUGCUUUUUAUGACAGUGAACUCUUCAGAAUGAAUAAAUUCAGUCAUGAUCUGAAACGGAAACUUAUUAUCCAGCAGUUCUGAGACCUUGGACCACUGUAGCUAAUUAUGCACUUUGCUUCUGGAAGGUCAAGUCACCAUUGAGCACCCUGUUGCUUUGUGCCUUAGGGAGACCUCACCCAAGAGCUUUGUUAAAUCACCAGUGGCUGUGGGAGAAUGGGGGUGGGGGGUCCUUUUGGUUCGGGGUUUGAACACCUUAAUUUGACCAUCAGGGUCCCCUUGGAUGUGGUUCUGUUGGUCACUGUGGUUGUGUUAUAGAAUGGUCAUUUUGUAAGUUCUCUUCCUUUGCUGCUUUAGAUGCCUAUAUUUUGUAUAUUUUUCCUAGCUUCUCUGGAGCUGUAUCUCAAGAUCUUGUCAUCUAAAAAAAAGAGUCCCUUCCUAUUGCUUUUGGCCAAAAAAAGUUUUCAUAUAUAAUAUUCUGAUGGCAUGAGAGACCCUGGCCCUGCCUUUAGCUGACUUUGGCCAGAUGAGGUAAUUAGAAUGGUUUCUUCCCCUCUUGGUAUUUCAUUUACUCAUCUUCAGUUCCUGCCAUCUUUUGAGUAAUAACAGUUACAAGUAAGUUGUAAAGACUAGCACAUGCCACUUGAAGAACCACGCCUUAUUCUCAUCUAUGUAGCAGUAAACUGGCAACGUAAAGUGUCUUAAUUUGAACCUACCUGGCUUUCCUCAACUGAGGAGAAUCAAACGGCAAAUUGUGACUAGAUUAUGUGAUCAUAAGUGCCAAAGGUUCAACCAUCUUUGCCACAUCUACCUUUCCCCUCCCAACUGUUUCCUUUUUGCCAUUAGUGUUUGUACCUUGUGUUUUGUAGUUUUCAUUUUGCAUAAGAUAAUUAAAGUGUUUACUUAGAAA